CUUAUAACUGAAGUGUGCAGAUCCUUUCUUUGUUUGUCUCAGACCAUGUUUCUUGAGUACUCCUCUCCUGUGUAGCAGCUGAUGGCUUGCAAUGGAAUGGCCUCCUCCUCUUCCUCCUCCCUCCCCUCUUCCAAUUCCCUCCUUCCACCCAAUGCAGGGAUAAGUCCAAUUCCCGGAAAGAGGUGUGUGACCUUUGAUGAGAUGAUGAAUGAGGACGAAUUGUCGGACGACGAGUCAGCGGUCGGAGAGAAGAAGAAGAAAAGGCUGAGCAUAGAGCAGGUGAGGACAUUGGAGAGGAGCUUUGAGCUGGGGAACAAGCUCGAGCCUGAGAGGAAGGUGCAGCUGGCCAAGGCCCUCGGCCUGCGGCAGAGGCAGGUGGCCAUUUGGUUCCAAAAUCGGAGGGCGAGGUCGAAGUCCAAGCAAUUGGAGAAGGAUUAUGAUGCGCUCAAGAGGCAAUUUGAGGCCAUGAGGACAGAAAAUGAUUCCCUCCUUGACCGAAACAAGAAGCUUCAAGCUGAGAUUUUGGCACUCAGAGGCAGAGAAACAUCUGAUGACCUCAUCAUCAAUCUCAACAAGGAAACUGAAGGUUCUUGGAGCAACAGAAGUGAGAACAGCUUAGAGAUUAACUUGGAGAUCUCAAGAACAAUUUUGCCUGCCUUACAAUCACUCGAGCAAACUGAUCACAUGGACCAGAAACCAGCUUCAGCAGAAACCAGCUUCAGCAGCUUGCUGUGUAACAUGGGAGACGAUCAAUCUGUGUUCUGGCCAUGGACAGACCACCACCACAGCUUCCAUUAGUAGUCUUCAUUCAUGGCGAAUUGUGAAAAUUGCUAUACUGUUUUGCAGACUUGAGUUUGGAGUUUCAAGUCAUUAUGUGUAUAUAGGUAGGAAAAUGUCACUUCCACAGCUGAAUCUUGUAAGAGUUCAUAAGGAAAUAAGAUAUCUUUCAUGCCUGUAAAUCUUUCCAUUCUGUAGCCAGAAGCCUUCCAGAGAGGAAUAGAGUCAAAGAUACAGCUCAAGGGAACAGAGUUCCUUGCACCCUUCCAAGAGUCAGAAUUGGAUGGCUCACAACUUUGAGGAAGACAGCACCCUUGAUAUCACUCGACCAUCAUUUUCCUACUGCUUUCAGAUUAUUUUCUGCAAAUUUCAUGCAAUGCUAUGCCAAAUGUCAUACACAUAUCAAAUUAAAGUGAAACAUUUGGUAGCAAUUUAUAGAUAGUUGGAGUUAAACUAGCUAGUUAGUUCAUUACACGCCUCUUGUAUGAACUGCUGAUCAAGUGAAUUCC